AGGGCUUUGUUAUUUCGAACCCUUUUUAUUUUUAUUUUAAUUUUCCCUUCAAUUUAUUCAAAUACUUUUAUAUAACACAAUGGCAUACGCUUACCAAGUAAAACCUUCCGAAAAAAAAAGACAGAGUUUUUAUAGAUGCAUUCGCAUGGCUUCAAGCCUUAUGUCAUUUCGAACAGAUAUCCGCAAGCAUAGAACAUUACCAAAUAAUAUGUUAUCAAAAUACCAGAGUAACAGCAUCAGCUAUUGUCAAGAGGAAGAAGAGUUUUUUGAUGAAAAGUAUGAUGAUGUCAGCGUUAGCUACACUUCGCGCAGUGAAAGUCAGCUUGCACUUCCUUCAAGAAACAAAUAUACAACUACGGAAAGUAUCCUUGAAGAUGAUGAGUUUGACGACGAUGACGACUCUAUCUUUGAUGAUGAUGACGAAUACGAUGACUACAUGAUGGAAGAUCCAGAUUCAUAUUCUGCAGCCCUGAAGAAACUUUCUGGUAUAUCGUUCAAAAGUAAGGCUGGAAUCAACAGAGCAGUCUUGAUUACACUAUCACCAUGCUCUUUAGCUGCGGCAAAUGCGGCUAGGCAAAGAAGACAAAAAUUUAGAAUUACCCAAUAGACUGUAUUUCAUUAUAUACCUAUAUUUAUACCAUUUUCAUUAUACAUAUUAUUUUUUUCUCGUUCAUUAUAAUCAUUAUCUAUUACUAUUUUUCAUACACACUGUGACAAUUCUAUUGUCCUGUUCGCACUUUCCCCCCUUUUCUAUUUUCUUCUGUAUCCCUUAAACCUAUAUAUAUCAUUAAACCUUUCAAAUUUA